ACUGACGACUACAGGGCUGUUGGAUGAGAUCUUGUGAAGGCGGAUGUUAGACUGAGCCAGCAUCCUUUGUGUUCUGUGAAGGACGUCGAUCGCCUGGGUCUCAGAGGGAAAUGACUUUAGCCCAUCAUCUACAUAAAAAUGGCACUCAAUAAAUUCCCUUACAUCACUGCCAUAUUCUUUCUUUCCUUCCACAGCAGUUUUCUAGAGUCCCUAGAUAGCAACUGAGGGGGACGGGCAAUUCCCAAAAACAUGGACUGUCAUGUGAAACUCGUCCACUUCUCCAUCCAGGUCGUGAUCGCGGAACCACAGGAAACGCAGAUAAUCACAAUGGUCCUCUCUGACCGUGAAGUUCUGAAACAUCUGCUCCACGUCGGCCAUCACAGCAUGUGGGUCACCUCGGAAUCUGAGAAGCACGCCCACAAGGCUGUUAUUGAGAUCUGGGCCUUUACACAGCACUUGAUUCAGAGACACAUUUUCGAACUGGGCGCUUGAAUCGAAGACUAUUCUGAUUUUUGCUGGCUUUUGGGGGUGGUAAACACCAAAGUGUGGGAGAUACCAGCAUUCUUGGUGGGGUUUGAGAGGGGGUGCCCUUUCUGCAUGACCUUUGUCGAAGAUCCUUUUCAUAAACGCCACAUAAUGAUCUUUCAUCUCCGUCUUUCUCUUUAGUGUUUACCGUAGGGACAUGAGGCGGUUGAGAGCCUACUCUCUGUUGUUGGGUAAGCGACGUCGGGGAUGACGAAAGGGCAGGGGAGCGACCCAGUUAUUUGCAUCAUCUUUAGCAAACUCUUUGUGCAUAAUGUUCAGAAACGUCUUAUCUUCUGCAGACUUUUCCGCUCAUCCAGUGUUUUCAUCCUAAACCCUCUACAUUUUGCAAGUGAAUGGGGCUUCAUGUGUACUGGACACUGUUUGUCGGGAUCAAGAGAGUGAGUGUUAGAUUUGUUGCUGGGUGUCCCAACCUGUGUUUUGUUUGCUGUUAACGGGGCUCUAAAAUGUGAUUGUCUCACCAGUGGCCUUUCUAUCUUCAUGUGCCCAGUGCUGUAAUUUUGUAGAAUGAAGCUGGGGUCAGUUUUCAUUUCAGCAUUGUUAUUCAUGAACUGAACAAAGUAGGAGAAAGGCGGAUAGUGCACUCUGUGUUCUUUCUUAUACUUGGACCCCUGUUUGAUCCAUGACUCUUGCAGGGUAUGUGGGAGUUUUUCCACAAUUGGGUUUAUGCCUCUUGGAGUGUCGAGAAAGCUGAGGCCUGGCAGAUAUCCUUCAUUUUUUGCUGCUUCAAGUUCCAGGAGGAGAUCUGCAAGUUCCUGAAGAAGGAUGCAUUUGUCAACAUAGUACGGCGUGAGGGAAUCAGGUCAUUAUGGAGCGGUCUGCCUCCAACACUUGUGAUGGCAGUCCCAGCGACAGUGAUCUACUUCACAUGUUACGACCAGCUCUGUGCAGCACUGAGGGUCAGGAUGGGAGAAUAUGCUGAGGUGGCUCCUCUCCUUGCAGGAGCUACUGCUAGAGUGGGUUCGGUGACGGUGAUCAGUCCUCUGGAGUUGAUCCGCACUAAACUGCAGUCUCAGAAGCAGUCGUACAGGGAGCUGACCCAGUGCAUCCGCUCAGCAGUGGCCAAAGAGGGCUGGCUGUCUCUGUGGAGGGGUUGGGGGCCCACGCUUCUCCGAGACGUUCCCUUCUCGGCCAUGUACUGGUACAACUACGAGAUGGGCAAGAGCUGGCUGUGUGGCUUGUCUAACAUCACAGAACCCACGCUGACCAUCACCUUUGUAUCUGGAGCUGUUUCAGGAUCUAUUGCAUCUAUUGUAACUUUGCCUUUUGAUGUCGUCAAAACAAGAAAACAGGUGGAGCUUGGAGAGCUGCAAGCAAAGAACUUGCCAGGUCAGGGCUCCUCCACCUUCUAUGUGAUGUGCAGAAUUGUGGCAGAAAACGGGUUUAGAGGGCUGUUUGCAGGUUUUCUCCCCAGGGUGAUAAAAGUGGCUCCAGCCUGUGCCAUCAUGAUCAGCAGUUAUGAGUUUGGAAAGGCCUUUUUCAGGAAACGCAACAAAGAGAGGACACAUGGACCACUGCAGACCAACCCCUGACAGAUUUCCCUUGGAAGAACGACGCACGCCACGACAGCUACUGCUAGACCGCACCUGAGGGUUGUACUAUCAAACCACGUAGAUUUAACUUGAGGUUAUUGAGCAAAGUCAGGGGUUGGAAUGAUGUUAAAUUAUACUUUAACAAUAAUUAAGACGUGUAUAUAAGGUGAACAAGUAGCCUCGGGGCUUUAGGACUCCUUGUCUGUUUGUAUAUAGAGAUUUCACUUUCCACACAACGAGCUCCAUGAGAUCAAGGAAAGGAUGGUAUUUUUUUAGAUAGAUUUAUUGGGGCCUGAGCAGUUAAUUCAUUGAGGUGAAUCCAUAUUCUCCUUUCAUAGUGCAAGACAAUCAAGAAGUUGCACAGUGUUACUCCUAAAGUUGUCUGGAUGAGCCAGAUGUCCUAUUUUGCGGUGCAGAUCUUUAGCAUGAUAAAGUUAAUGUUGCCAAAAUUUAAAACAUUAGCAGAAAUGGGGUUUAAAAAACAACUGUCUGUCUUCCUGCAUUGUAAAAUAUUAAAGAUGAUCAGAAUCGAUAUGAAUUUAUUCAUAUUUAUUCAUAUUAAUUUUUACAUUGUUUUUGUUGAAUGCAGUAGAUUCUGUGUGAAGUUGGAAAUAAAUAUUUUUCAUCUA